AUACGAAACCCUUUCUUUCCCAAAAAGUUUGAUUCUGUAAUCUAUCACUCACUCUGUUUCAAUUCUUGAAUUCGAUCACAACAUUCAUUCAAAUUCAAAAUCAGCGUUUUCUCAUUCAUCAACAAUGUCAUUCCAAAAGGAUGCAUCAAACCGUCAUUCUCACUCCAACAACUCUUCUCUUCGAACUAGCAAUAUGCAGAACAUGCCAAGUGAACCAUUGCUGAAAUCAUUGAUCAGAAAGAGGUCCCAAAAUCAAGAAAAUUUAACACAAAUCAAACCAUUCAAGGAUUCAAAGAAGAAAGUUACAUUUUCUGUUCAAAAUCAAGAUGGAAAAGUGUUAAAGGAAAACAAAUGCAACAAAUCAAGCACAAAUUCUAAGUCUAAGAUGUGUUAUUGUUCACCAACAACUCAUGAAGGUUCAUUCAGGUGUCGACUCCAUCGCAAUAUUAGUACAACAAAGAAAUCAGCUUCUGAGAAAUUAAGCAAUGUGAGAAGUUCCAAGUUUGCACAUGAAGAGAUAGUUCAGUUUAAGCCUCAGUUAUCAAGGUUUGGUAGAGUUGUUUCUGCUGAAUAUGGAUCACAGCUUAAUUCAACUAUCUAAGUUGGAAUCUUCUUAAGAAAUUAGCAUAUUUGGAUUUUCAACUUAUGGAGACUUAAGAAAUUAGCAUAUUUGGUCUAUGUCAAAUUUGGAAAUAGUUAAUGCUGGUAGCUUUAAUAAGAUUUGUAUAUAAUUUUAACUUUGUUUCUGUGUAUAAGUUUGGUUUGAAUUGAA